UCAUGGCGAGCAUCUUUCUGUCAGCUGUAAAUGUUUGUAAUUGUCAAAAUAGUGAAUAGAAAAACCAGCAGCGGUAGUCUUUGUAUUUUAUCAAAUAUGACUUUUUAUUUGCAUUUUAACAAUUAUAGGUAAUUGACGCUAUUAAAAUAAGUUUAAUAAAGUAUUAGGGUAGUAGGCAAAUACAGUUAAUUGCAGGAUGAGUUCAAGAGAUCGGGAAAUAAAAUCACUACAGGACAAGCUGAAAGUAUUCUUCAAAAAAGGAGGCUCUGCGGCUCUGCCGGCGCGCUCUGAGCUGGUGGUGACGGCGGAGAUGGCUCGCGAGCUGGGCCGGGACUCGCCUGCGCCGCGCCGCAUUCGCGCGCUCCGCGACCUCUCGGAGCGGGUGCACACCGUGCGCAUCACAGAGCCUGUAGCACAGAAGCUUUGGGGUUUGAUCCACGACAUGUUAGAAGAUCCUACCGUAGAGUGCCGUCACACGGCAAUCACGUUCCUGCACAAGGUGGUGGAAGCGACACAGAGCGAAGCAGCAGCAGAGGACCUGUCGCUGAUGCGCUCUGUGUUCCUGCGCUACCUGCGAGAAUCGCAUCCCAACCACCCGCCCGAGGACGAGCACCUCCGGUUCAAGCUGCUGCACUCUCUGACCAACACAGGGAAGAAUAUCAAGUGUUACGAAGAACAAAUCGGCGCGUUCCUGCUGGAGUGGCUGCCGCAGGUGCAGGACCCCGCGCUGACGGAGGAGUUCCUGCAGCUCGUCAUUAACGUCGUCAAAUUCAACGCCACAUACUUGGACGAAGAUAUUGUCAACGCUUUUGUGAGCCACGCGUGCGAGCUGGCGGUGUUCGCGGAGGAGCCGGGCGUGGUGCUGGUGUCGCUGGCGCUGCUGGAGGCCGUGGUGGGCUACUCCAUGCUGCCGCGCGACGGGCUGCGCGCGCUCGUGGCCGCGCUGUGCCGCUGCGUCAACCUGGAGCGCUACUGCCAGCCCGCCUGGAAGCUCAUGCGCAUCGUGCUGGGCGCGGACGCGGGGCACGCGGCGCUGGCCGAGCUGGCGCGGCUGCUGGCCGAGGAGGCCAACGCGGGGCUGCAGCGCGGCGCCGUGUUCUGCGUGCACCGCGCGCUGUGGGGGCCGAGCCGCGUGCCCGGCCUGCAGGUGGCGCUCCACAGCGUGCUGCCCGCGCUGCUCAAGGCGGUGGAGCGCAAGCAGUCGGUGGUGACGUACGAGGUGACGCUGGCGCUGCAGAGCCUGGUGUCGCGCGCGGCGGCCGAGCUGCAGCAGCCGGCCUGGGACCUCGUGCUGGCCGCCGUGCGCGCCGUCGUCGACCAGGACCGGGAGGCUGCAGCGAGCCAGGACCCUCGAAGCGAGCUGCUGCACUCGCGUCUGCACGCGCUGAUCUCGUCGCUGGAGCAGCUGCACGACGCGGGCCAGUACUGCGGCAACGAGGACUCGCUGCUGGCGCUGCUGGACUACUGCGGCCACGAGCGGCCAGAGGCGUCCACGAUCCGCCUGGUGUCGCUGCUGGCGGGCCGGCUGGCGAUGGCGGAGCGGGACUGGGUGGCGUCCGCGCUGGCGCUGGCCGAGCGCUACAUCCGCCACGAGCCGCGCCGGCGCGUGCGCACGCACACGCUGCAGCAGAUAGCCAGCUUCGUCACCAGGCACAGGACGCUGUUCGGCGAGGAAUUACUGGAGCUGGUGGGUCUCCCGGUGCUGAGCGCGUGUGCCACCGACCCGGACUGCGCGCUGCGGGCGGCGGCGGCCAGCGCGCUGGUGGAGCUGGCGCGGCAGAGCACCAGCGACGCCGUCACCGAUCUCAUCGACUUGCUCGAGAAGAUACUCAACAGGCCGUUCGACAUAUUCGUCCUGGACGUGCCGGUCCCGGCCGGCGAGGCCGAGGCGGCCGACAUCCACCUGGCGGCCGCCGGCCUCAUCCAGCUGUUCUACGACAAGAUGUACAGCAGCCCCGCCUCGCACGCCGCGCGCUGCCUGCUCGUGCUGCUCGACCACCUGGAGCAGCACUACAAGAAGCCGGCCAUGCUGCAGCACCACCCCAGCAUCCGCGUGAAGAUCUUCGAGCUGCUGUACACGCUGCGCGCCAACGCGCUGUGCUGCGUGGGCGUGUGCUGGGACGGCAGCGGCGCGCCGGUGUGGGGCGCGGCGGCGGCGCGGCUGCGGCCCGUGUGCGCGGCCGCGCUGCUGGUGGAGCCCGCCGCGCGGCGCGGACAGCCGCCCGCCGCGCGCGAGCCCGCGCCCGGCGCCGCGCUGCUGCCCGCCAGCCGCUGCGCGCGCGCGCUGGGGCUGGCGCUGACGGCGGAGCGCGACUGGCCCGUGCAGUGCGGCGUGCUGCGCGCGCUGCCCGCGCUGCUGCACGCGCGCGCGCCCGCCGUGGGCCGGCGCGCGCCCGACGUGGACCUGCUGGCCGGCACGCUGUGCGCGCUGGUGGCGGAGCGCAGCGCGGCGCCGCAGCAGCGCCGCCCGCUCACGUCCGAGGUGCACGGCGCCGCGCUGCCCGCGCUGGCGGCGCUGGCGCCCUACCACAAGUACCUGGAGCCGCCCACGCAGAAGCGCGUGGUGCGCUGCCUGCUCAAGUUCGGCAUGCGCCUGCGCGCCGCGCAGCCCUUCCUGGACGCGCAGCCCUACAUCUACGCGCUGACGGUGUUCACGCUGGAGACGCGCGACACCAUGAUCAAGAUGCUGCCCGAGGUGCUGCUGGAUCUCUCCAAGAUUUCGGACACGAAGGCGAUCGCGAGCCCGAUGCUCGAAUUCUUGUCCACACUGACGCGCCUGCCCGCGGUGUUCGCGUCGUUCGUGGAGGACCAGUACAUGUCGGUGUUCGCGAUCCUGCUGCCGUACACCAACCCGUCGCGCUACAACCACUACGUGGUGUCGCUGGCGCACCACGUGAUCGCCGCCUGGUUCCUCAAGUGCCGCCUCAGCUACCGCCGCAACUUCGUGCAGUUCAUCAUCCACGGUCUGCACAACUACGUGAUAGUUCCGUUCGAGGAGCAGCUGCAGAACAGGUCCAACAAGAGUCUAAGACAAGCCGCGAACGAAGAUUCUUCCAACCGACAACGUAGUUCAAGUCUGGGCUCGCGAGCGGUGCCCCGGGCGCCACUGUCAGUAUCGGGCGGAGCUUCAGCCGCCUUCCACGUGGAGCUGACGGAGACCUGCGUGGACCUGCUGACGCGGUACACCUCCUCCCGCGUCAGCUGCAAGCCGCAGCGGCUCGACAUCGCAGACUUUCUCUUCGCAGGUGGUCAGUCGAUGACGUGGGUAGUGGGGCACAAGGUGGUGACGAUCACGACGGCGGGCUGCUUGCAGAACUCGCCGCAAGCCGGGCCCUGCGAGCGCUGCGCCGCUCUGUGCCGCGACCAGCAGGACAGCUUCGACAGCGCUCAGGCGCAGUCGAGCGAGACGGAGAGCUCCGGGAACAACCAGCUGCAAGUGGGGAACCCGCCGGAAGUCAAGCGACAAAACUCAUCGGAGAACAAGCAGAGCGACUCGGUCGCGGAAACGUUCGCGAAGUUCGCGCAGCAGUUCGAGAAGAGGUGCAAAGAAAUUGACACGGAGGAGCCGGUGUCGCGGGCGGCGGCGCUAGCGGCGGCGGGCGCGUGCCCGUGCUGGAGCGCCAACUGGGCCGAGCUGCACGUGCGCACGCCCACCGGCGACGUCAGCUGGCUGGUGCGCGGCCAGAACCAGGAGACGUUCGAGCAGCUGAUGGAGUGGGGCCUGCUGGACGUGGCGGCCAUGCUGCAGCCCGCCACCGGCGCCGCCACCGCCACCCACGACCAGACGUCGGAGAGCCCGCCGCGCUCGCGCUCGGGCUCGGGCUCCACCCAGGGCCGCUCGCAGGAUCUGCACAAGUCCAGCUCUGACUCGGUGGUGUCCGGCGAGCGGCGCCCGCCGCUGGCCGCCUCGCACUGCAUCGUGCCGCCGCAUCCCGUCAGGAGCAGUACUCAACCGAUCAACAUCCCGAGCUCACCGCAGCGACAGAGCUCGUCCAGCACCACCGACGACGACGACCUGCUUCUCAUCGUGCCGGAGGGCAAGUCCCGGCACCCGGUGCGGCGCUCGAACUCGUCCCCGGAGAUGUCGUCCUCGUGGAAGCUGGCCCGCGACUCGCCCGAGCUGGACGACGACAUCCUGCUGCCCAGCUGCGAGCCCGCCGGCACGAUGUCAAUGGCGCUACACGCGAGCAAGAAGGCGGCCAAGAAGAGCGACAUGCGAGUGUCGUGUGAAGCGAUUCCUGAGGAGAUGGGCACGUCGCCGCUCGCGGCGGGGCGCACGCAGCCUGACGCGCAUCCGCAUCUCAUGACUUACAAGUCUGACCCUGGUGCGGAGCCGACGCAAUCAUCGACACAAACCCACCAUCAAUUACAAAAAACGGCGAGUGACAGCACAGUGCCCUCAAGUUCAAAGCCGCCGCGAUCGCCCGCCUCCAGCGCUGCAGCGGGCGUAUCCAGCGCUACUGCGGGUGCAUCCAGCGCUGCGGCGAGCACAUCCAGCGCUGCAGCUCCGAACGCGGCGGCGGGCGGCAGCGCUGCAGCGGCGGGCGACGGCGACGAUCUCCCGCCGCUGUCGCGCUCCAGGCGGUCGCACACCAUCUCCGUGAUGAGCCCCACGCGGCGGCACCGGGAGAAGCUGUCGCGCGGCGCGGCGGCGGGCGCGGCGGGCGGCGCGGACGCGGGGCUGGGCUUGGGCGGCGCGGGGCUGACGCCGUCCUUCUUCUUCCUGCAGCUGUACCACAACCUGAAGGCCACGCCGCUGACGGGCGCCGUGCCCGGCGAGCCGCCGCCACGCGCGCACCCGCUGCUGGAGCGGCCGCUGCGCGUGCUGGGCGUGCAGCACGAGCGCACCAUCAAGAACCUGGACCUGGUGCCGCCCGUGGACACGUACAAGGUGGGCGUGCUGUACGUGGCGCGCGGCCAGCACGACAACGAGACGGCCAUCCUGCGCAACGCGCACGGCUCGGUGCGCUACGCGGCGCUGGUGGCGGCGCUGGGCGCCGUGGUGCCGCUGGCGCUGGGCGCGCCGGAGCCCGACCUGUUCCUCACCAUGGAGCGCGGCGGCCGCGACGGCUCGCACACCUACGUGUGGCGCGACGACGUCAUGCAGAUGCUGUUCCACGUGGCGACGCUGAUGCCCACGUCGCCCAAGGACCCCAACUGCAACGAGAAGCGGAAGUACAUCGGCAACGAUCUCGUGUCCAUCGUGUACAACGACUCCGGCGAGGAGUUCGACAUCCAGACCAUCAAGGGCCAGGCGAACUUGUGCGUGGUGGUGGUGGAGCCGCUGGAGCACGCCAUGAACCGCGUGGUGGUCCUCAGCAAGGAGGCGCGCGUGCGCGAGUUCCUGCCUCACCUCCACACCUACCACGUGUCCGACGCGGUGGCCGCCAGGCUCGCCCGCCAGCUGGCGCUCCACUGCUCGCUCGCAGCACAGGUGGCGCAAUCCCUGCGGCUGAACGCGCCGCCGUUCGCGUCCAACGCGCUGGAGCGCCUGCGCCUCAUCAAGCGGCUGCGCGCGCGCCUGGAGGCGGAGCGCGAGGCGGCCGUGGCGCGCCCGCACGCCAUGAGCUACAGCUCGCCCGACCAGGCGCAGCGCAUCGCCAUCGACGACUUCAACGACUACGCCUGACUCCGCACUGCCGCCUCCCGUACCGUCUCAUAUGCGGACAGUACUAAAUAUUCAUUUUUUAACUGAAACCCCCACUCUAACAGCCGUUACUCGCGGUUCGCCGACACUAAUUAGUUCUUUGACCUUUUACAAUUCAGAAAUAAUAAAACUUGAUCACAUUAUCUCCGGACAGGCAGAUACUUCUCACUUAUAGCAGUAUUGAGAAACAUAUUGAUAAUUUAAAUAAAGAGUCAAUGCUUUUUAACAUGUAUCUAUUCUUUCACACAUUAACAUCUUUUAAACAUAUUUUUUAUUGACUCGUCAAUUUGUUGACCCCGUCAGCAUGCCUACAUUUACAAAAUAGGGAAAGACAGUAGGUAAAUUUAGUAAGGUGUGUCAGGGUUAAAUAUUAGUAAUUUGAAACUAACAUUGAGCUCUGUAUAAACUCGGAUUACGUUUUCCAGUCUUAAUUAAAACUUGUGAUGUGUAAGUGAACUCAUAUACAUACAUUCUCUUGCAAAUAUGACCAUAUUUGUCUUUUUGGCCAAUAGAAAUUCAUAAUUAAUUUAUUAAUCAUUAAUUUUAAUAAUUGUGUAUCUGUCACCAAAAAAUUACAAGAACGCAAUUUAUAAACUUCCUAGGAAAUUUAUAACUUUCGGAGGAGGAAAGGAAAGAGAUGGAACACGUCAUUUAUUCAACCAAUCAGAGCGCAGAUGUCGUUUGGUUAUUGCUUACUUAUUAUUUUACGCGUGAGUUCGGCAAGUUUACUAAUUUAAAGAAAUGAAUUUCAUCUCUCGUUAAGAUAAUUAUAUGUAAAGAAAACUUAUAGGUAUUCUUUAUGUAAUGUAUGCAAUUUAAAUUUUGCCGCGUUAAUUAGUUGAGGUCGCUGGCAGCUUAAACGUCAAGGAGAUGUCAAGUGUGAUUAUUGAGGUUAGAAAUAUUUUGUGUAGGUAGUGUAACAGAUAUUUUAUUGUAAGAAUCUUGCCUGUGAAAUUAUUAAAAUAGACCCGAAAUAAGGGCUUUAAAUGUUGUUUCUUUUGUUCACAGGUGAGUAAAUGUUUAGUUUAUAAGCUUAUGUCAUUAUCAAAGUGUUAAAAAACUUUUGUAAAUAAAUAAAUCUUUUGUUCACAGAAACGCAAUUACGUCUUUAUUUCUAAAUAAACAGGCAUAUUGAUAAUUCAUUAUAAAACAACAUUUUUGCACAUAUUUUGAGAGAAUUAUGGAUAAAUUAAGAUUUGAUUUUGCUGUGAAGACAGCAUCUGAUGGAAAAACAAACAUUUUAUGUUUAACCUCAAUUGCCACGCCUAGCGGGCAGGUCUAUGGAAUACCAUCCGAUUAUCAAUCAAUUACUCAACAUCAAGCAAUUACAAGUACUCCAAACUAUGCCAAAAUAAAAAAAACAUUACAAAGAAGACACCAAGUAAGGAAAAUCUGGAUAACUUUGACAGAUAAGAUUUCAGAAGUGUAUUUGGAUAAAGAACAAAAUUUGCAAUUUAAUGAUAUGUAUCUAGAAGAAAUAAUAGAAACUAAAAGUGAUCCAGAGACUAUGUCUAGUUCUAGCAGCUCUAACUACACUUUGGAAAAAUUGUUAGAAAAAUUACUUGAAGAAAAAGAGAAAAAAUCAGAAAUUCAAAAUCUAGGCAAGGUUGCUAAAGAUUUUAUGAUACAAAAAUUCACAACUAAAACCACAAAUGCUUACCAGUGGAUUAAAGAUUUUAAUAAGGAAUGUGAACGUUUCAAAAUUAACGAAGACAGAAAAAAAAUAGAAAUUUUGAAAAAUUUUAUGGAAUCUUCGAGUCUACAUUGGUAUGAUUGUAUGUUAAUAAAACACACGGUGGAAUCAGAGUGGAACCAAUGGGAGAAAUCAUUUUGUGAGACAUUUACAAAUAAAGGUUGGUCACCCAUAAGAUAUGCUCUUGCCUUUAAAUAUCAAGCAGGUUCGUUACUUGAAUAUGCCCUAAAGAAAGAAAAAUUAUUAUUAGAAGUUAGGAAGGAAAUAGAUACUGGAAUUCUUAUUGAUCUUAUAGCAUUCGGCUUGCCAAAUUUUGUUGCUGAUAAAAUUGACAGAGAAGCUUUGCAAGAAACAGAAGAUCUAUAUAAUGAAAUAGGAAAAUUGGAACACCUUGUCAUAAAAAAUAAGUAUGAAAAAAAAGUAUUUACAAAUUCCGACAAUAAACAAAAAAAAAUAGAAGAAAAACAGCCAUGCCAAAUUUGUAUCAAUGAAAAAAAAGGGAAACGUUAUCAUCCAGAGGAGAAUUGUUGGUUUAAAGAUAGAACUCGGAAAUCAAUAGUGAAAUCAGUAAAUAACUCUGAAAUAGAAACAGAUUUAAAUAACAAAGAUCCAAAAAACUAGAGGUACCGCCAUUAAUAAAAAUAAAUUUGCUAUUGAAUGAUGCCAUAGAAAUAACUGGAAUUUAUGAUUCGGGUUCAAAUGUAUCGUUGAUAAACGCAAAAUUGUUAAACUUAAAGAAUAAAGAAAAAUCUACAACGAAUACACAAAUAGUAAAUUUAAAGACUAUUAAUGGUGAGAAAAAAACAAAAGGUAUUGUGACAUUAAAAAUUAAAAUAUAUGAUAUAGAACAAAACAUGGAUAUUUUCGUCAUAGACAAAGAAAACUUUAAUUAUGAUUUUUUAAUUGGAUUAGAUUGUAUUAAAAAAUUCAGACUUAUCCAAAAUGAAGACCUAAAGAUCAUACAAAAAGCUAAUCAAAAAGAAGAUGUCAAUACAAAAAGCAAUAGAAAUGUCAACAUUCCUGAUGCACUAGGAGACAAAACUGAGCCAAGUUUAUUAAGUCCUAAAACGGAGAAAGUGAAACAAGAAAUAAAUUUCAAUGAACACAUUGAAACUGAUAAAUUUAAAAAGAUUGCUAAUCAUCUAGAUAAGCAGCAACAAUUAGAGAUUGACAAGCUCAUAGAAAAAUUUAAAACUGUAUUUGCCAAGGAUAAAUAUGAUAUUGGCACCGUACGAGAUUAUGAAGCACAUAUUGACCUCAUAAUGGAUAAAUACUGCUGCAAACGACCAUAUAGAUGCACAGUUGAAGAUAGAAGAGAAAUAGAAGAACAAAUAUCGAAACUAUUAAAAAAAAAUUUGAUUGAGGAAUCAUAUAGCCCGUUUGCCGCCCCAGUAACUCUGGCUUACAAAAAAGAAGAUGAACGUAAAACAAGACUAUGUAUAGAUUUCAGAGAAUUAAACAAAAUAAUCGUCCCACAAUCACAGCCAUUCCCAUUAAUUGAGGAUUUAAUGAUAAAAACAGUGAACUCUAAAUAUUUCUCAACAUUUGACAUUAAUUCAGCAUUUUGGUCUAUUCCUUUGAAAAUACAAGAUAGAUAUAAAACUGCCUUUGUUACUCAGGAAGGACAUUUCCAGUGGACAUGCUUACCAUUUGGAUUAAAAACGGCUCCAGCCAUUUUUCAGAGAAUAAUGAGUAACAUAAUAAGAAAAAAUAAGCUUUCUAAUUUUGCAGUAAACUUUAUAGACGAUAUACUCAUUUUUUCGAAAACCUUUGAAGAACAUAUAUCACAUAUUACAAAAUUUCUGGAGGCAAUAGAAAUGGAGGGGCUUAGAUUAAAAUUUACCAAGUGUAUAUUUGCAAACAAUUAUGCCAAGUAUUUAGGCCAUAUAAUAGAAAACAAUACAGUGAGACCUCUAAAGGAUUAUUUAGCAGCAGUAAAAGACUUUCCAAUACCAGAAACAAGGAAAAAUAUACGGCAAUUUCUAGGAAAGGUAAAUUUUCACCAUAAGUUUAUACCACACAGUGCAAUCAUCCUGGAACCAUUACAUAACUUAUUAAGGAAAGAUGUGAAAUUCAUAUGGAGCGAAGAAUGUCAAAAAUCUUUUAAUGAAAUAAAAACAUUACUAUGCUCCGAACCAAUUUUGAAAAUUUAUGAUCCAGGAUUACCAAUAAACAUUUACACGGACGCAAGUAUAAAAGGAAUAGGAGCAGUGUUAAAACAGACUGAUAAAAAUGGAAACAAUAAGCCAGUUGCUUAUUUCUCAAAAAAAUUAUCAGAAGCACAAAAAAAGAAAAAGGCAAUAUACCUAGAAUGCCUGUCAAUAAAAGAAGCUGUAAAAUAUUGGCAGCACUGGCUCAUGGGAAAGGAGUUCACGGUGUAUUCCGAUCAUAAACCCCUAGAAAACAUGAAUAUUAGAUCAAGAACUGAUGAGGAACUCGGUGACCUAACAUAUUAUUUAUCUCAAUACAAUUUUAAAAUUAAAUAUAAUCCUGGAAAAACAAAUCAAGAGGCAGACUGCUUAAGCAGAAAUCCUGUUCUAGAUGAAACUGAAAAUACUGAUGAUGCAUUGAAAGUGGUAAACUUAAUAACUAUAGAACAGAUAAAAAGUGAUCAAAACGCAAAUGAAGAAAUACAAAAAAGGAUAAACAAACUAAUACUGAAAGAUGAAAUAUACUAUAAAAAAAAUAAAGGAAGAGACAAAAUUAUAUUAUCAGAAGAACUAAGCAAAACACUGAUAAAAAAUGUACACAUUACUUAUUGCCACCUAGGAAGCACACAAAUGAUAAAUAAAUUAACCCCAUUCUACUCAGCAAAGAAUAUAAUCACAAAGAUAAAACAAACUUGCGAAGAAUGUGAAAUAUGUAUAAAAAACAAAACAAGGAGAAAGCCAAAAUAUGGUCUAAUGUCACAUUUAGGACCAGCAAGAUAUCCAUUUGAAAUUGUAUCAAUUGAUACAAUUGGCGGUUUUGGAGGAUCACGGUCGACAAAAAAGUAUCUACAUCUUUUAGUUGACCAUUUCACUAGGUAUGCUUAUAUUUUAACGUCAAAGAACCAAAGCUCUAACAAUUUUAUUAAACUUAUUCGGGAAGUGACACAAAGUCAUAAAAUUGAUAUGAUAUUAUCAGACCAAUAUCCCGGCAUAAACUCCAAAGAAUUUAAAGAAUUUCUGAAAGAUAAUAAUAUAAGAAUAAUUUUUACUGCUGUGGAUACUCCUUUUUCUAAUGGUCUUAAUGAAAGGCUAAACCAAACUUUGGUUAAUAAGAUACGAUGCAAAAUAAAUGAAAGAGGAAAGAAAAUUGCAUGGACAACUAUCGCACAGAAUUGUGUAAAAAAAUAUAAUGAGACUGAACAUACUGUUACCAAAUUUGCACCUAAAUACCUACUAGAAGGAGAAGAUGUAAACAUUCUACCACCAGAAUUAAAAACAAAAUGUUCAAAUGAAGACCUAAGAAGUGAUAGAAAAUUGGCAUAUAAAAAUACCAUAAAAUCUCAUGAUUAUAAUAAGAAAAAAUAUGACUUGCUUAGGAGGGAACAUGAUUUUAAAGAGGGAGAUAGAGUUUAUGUGGAGAAUGGUAAUCGUUUAAAUAGGAAGAAAACUGAUGAAUUACGAAUUGGACCCUACGAGAUUUUGAGAAAAAUAUCUAAUACAAUUUAUGAAGUAGAUGCUGGUCACAAAAAGGAAGAAUCAAAUUUGUUCCAUGUUACAAAACUCACUCCAUUGCCAGUUGAUACACAAACAACUACAUACUUGUAAUUGUUUUUCUCCGGGAGGGGAAAUGUAAAGAAAACUUAUAGGUAUUCUUUAUGUAAUGUAUGCAAUUUAAAUUUUGCCGCGUUAAUUAGUUGAGGUCGCUGGCAGCUUAAACGUCAAGGAGAUGUCAAGUGUGAUUAUUGAGGUUAGAAAUAUUUUGUGUAGGUAGUGUAACAGAUAUUUUAUUGUAAGAAUCUUGCCUGUGAAAUUAUUAAAAUAGACCCGAAAUAAGGGCUUUAAAUGUUGUUUCUUUUGUUCACAGGUGAGUAAAUGUUUAGUUUAUAAGCUUAUGUCAUUAUCAAAGUGUUAAAAAACUUUUGUAAAUAAAUAAAUCUUUUGUUCACAGAAACGCAAUUACGUCUUUAUUUCUAAAUAAACAGGCAUAUUGAUAAUUCAUUAUAUAUAUAUUUGCGGUUUUUGUUAUUUUCCGGUGACAUCCAUUCAUCAUUUCGUUCAUUCAUUACUAUCCAUCAUUAAUUCCUUUACUCAUCAAAUCUAUCAAAUCAAUUAGGCCUAAUGUAAUUAAAUAUUAAUUAAAUUAGAAGUACAUAGCCAGGUCAUAAACAUAAUGCAAAUAUUACUUUGAAUAGAAAAAUGAUUUGCCUGUUUUGUAAAAAAAUAGUUAAUCUAGCUAAAAAAGUUGCAUCUUAGAGAUAGGUAUCUUUUAUUUUUAUGGUCAAAGUAUACAAUAAACCAAAUGGAUUGCAUGCUGCUGAACACUGCUUUCGUUGGAAACUAACCCAUCAUCCGGACCAAUCACACACCAAACAAAAGAACCCUGCGCACUGAGCAAAUGAGUGGCAGAACACUGUGUCUGCAAAGGAAAACAUGCAGCAGACGAUUCAACUGUCAUAUUUAUUUUUAUUGUAGGAACCAGUUUUAGAUUAAUUUAGGUUUUGAACUGAGUAAUAUUAAUAUAUGAAGUACUAUGUCACGCUGUCGAGCCCGCCGCUCCGCACCGCAGCCGACUUGUUAAGCAUUUGUUGUUGCCUACCUAGCAAUUUAUUUCCUGACAUUUUGUAAUCAAAUAAAUGAUGGCUAUUUUA